AUGGCUGAAGCAACUCAACCCGAUGUCACCACCGUUGUCGAUGAAGGCGGCGCCGAAGAAAUGGUGAUCGAGUCCAACUGGGACCAGGUCGUCGAUAACUUUGAUGCCAUGGAGCUCAAGGGUGAACUGUUGCGGGGAAUCUAUGCCUACGGUUUCGAGCGACCCUCGGCUAUCCAACAGCGUGCCAUCAUCCCCGUCAUCAAGGGUCACGACGUGAUCGCCCAAGCCCAAUCCGGAACAGGCAAGACGGCCACGUUCUCUAUCUCCAUCUUGCAAUCCAUCGAUGUCAACAUCAAGGCUUGCCAGGCUCUUGUCCUUGCCCCAACCCGUGAACUGGCCCAACAGAUCCAAAAGGUCUUGGUCGCUCUCGGAGACUACCUUAACAUCGAGUGCUAUGCCGCAGUUGGUGGAACAUCAGUCCGUGAUGGAAUGGCCAAGCUUCAAGAGGGUGUCCAUGUCAUCGUCGGUACCCCUGGUCGAGUUUUUGACAUGAUCCAACGUCGGGCUCUCAAGACCGACCACAUCAAGAUCUUCACCCUUGAUGAGGCCGAUGAGAUGUUGAGUCGGGGUUUCAAGGACCAGAUCUACGACGUCUUCCAGCUCUUGCCACCGACCACCCAGGUCGUCUUGCUCAGUGCUACCAUGCCGCAAGACGUCCUGGAGGUCACCUCUAAGUUCAUGAGAGAUCCGAUCCGGAUUCUUGUCAAGAGAGACGAACUUACCUUGGAAGGUAUCAAGCAGUUCUACAUCGCCGUCGAGAAGGAAGAAUGGAAACUCGACACCCUGUGUGACUUGUACGAGACCGUUACGAUCACUCAAGCAGUCAUCUUCUGUAACACCCGUAGAAAAGUCGACUGGCUUCACGAGAAGUUAGCCGCACGGGAAUUCACCAUCUCCUCCAUGCAUGGUGACAUGGAACAAGGGCAGCGAGAAGUGAUCAUGAAGGAGUUCCGAUCGGGCUCCUCGCGAGUGCUGAUCACCACCGAUCUGUUGGCCCGUGGUAUCGAUGUCCAGCAGGUCUCCUUGGUCAUCAACUACGACCUACCCGUCUCAAAGGAGAACUACAUCCACCGUAUCGGUCGUGGUGGUCGUUUCGGUCGUAAAGGUGUGGCAAUCAACUUUGUCACCAGUGAGGAUGUGCCUGCAUUGAGAGAACUAGAGCGAUUCUACAACACACAAAUAGAUGAGAUGCCCCUGAACGUAGCCGACCUUAUCUAA